AUGAUGUUGUUGAUUGCUCUAGUUUUCGAACCUAGGCGCAAGAUUAUAUUGGUUGAUUGGAUGGUAAGGCGGUACUACAAUAAGGAUGAUGUUGAUGCCUUGAAAGCAAACUUAGAUUCCUACUUGAAAUAUAUUUAUGAGGAAUAUUGUGCUGGAUUUAUGCCUCCUCAAGGUAAUUCAGAUGAGCUGCAAGUGUUUGGUAGUGUUAGUCAUCCUUAUGGAACUGCUGAGUUCUAUCUUUCAGAAGGGUGUGACAGUGCAGAUAAUGAAUUAAAUAUUUAUCUUGGAGAGAAGUUGGAGCAUGACAUGGAGAUAAAUGUUUUAGAGUGGUGGAAAGUUAACUUUGGCCGAUAUCCCAUCCUUGCAAACAUUGCGAGAGAUGUGCUAGCUAUACCUAUAAGCACAGUGGCGUCUGAAGCUGCAUUCAGUACAGGAGAAAGAGUACUUGAUCCAUAUCGCAACUCGAUAACACCUACAACAGUCGAAGCACUGAUUUGCACCCAAGAUUGGCUCAAAGGAACAUCUUCAUCCUUGAGUACAAAUGAAGAUUUUGAUAUUUUUGAGAGAUUUAAGCAAGGUAUGAUAACUAACUAUAUUUUCUAG